AUGGAUCCAGCUCCUCAAGGUCCCGGCCAGCAACAGGGUAGACAGCAGGGCCAACAACAGCAUGAGCCUCCAGUUUAUGACACAAGGCAUGGUGGCCACUACGGCGCCAGUGCACAGCCCAAGGCUAUGCCCCCCCUCGCCGAGCUAUACACUGGAACCUGGGCCAAUGUGAAUCAAGGCUUGCAAGGAACCGCCCGUGAUAUCCUGACGACCUACUGGCAACAUGUCAUCAAUCAUUUGGAAGGCGAAAACCACGAUUACAAGAUCCACCAGCUGCCGCUUGCUCGUAUCAAGAAGGUAAUGAAAGCUGAUCCGGAAGUAAAGAUGAUUUCCGCAGAGGCUCCGAUCUUGUUUGCCAAGGGCUGUGACAUCUUCAUCACGGAGUUGACCAUGCGCGCGUGGAUUCACGCCGAAGACAACAAGCGUCGCACAUUGCAGCGCUCGGAUAUUGCCGCUGCCCUUUCAAAGUCUGACAUGUUCGAUUUCCUAAUUGACAUUGUCCCGAGAGAGGAAGCGGCCUCUCACGCUAAGCGAUCCAGUCAGGCUGGUGCCCCGGGUCCUUCGGCGGCCCAAUUGCCACCAUCUCAGCAUGGUGUUCAGCCUCACAUGGGACCUGCUGAUUAUGCAGCCCUCGGACAGCAUGGUAUGCCACAGGAACAGGAAUACCGUCCACAGCCUCCAAUGUACCCGGGCCCAGUUCAAUCAGACCCCACCGCUCCAUACGGUCAACCCCAGCCCCAGAUGUUUGAGGGCAUGUAUGCUUACCCGCAUCUCCCUCCUCAGCAGGUAUGA